AGCAGUCACUUUUACAUUUAAUACCAACGAGUAGAAGAACAUGUAUUGCGUAAAUCCAGUACAUGGCACAUUUUAAUCGAUUUUUUUUCUUUGGUUUUGCACAAAAAAAAAAAAAUCCGGCAUUCUUACUUAUGAGGAUUUCACUUAUUUCUAUGUGAUUAGUAUCAACAUGGACGAUGUUUUCGUGUCACGUGGGAGUGUUAUCCGCGUGUGUCUGUACGCUGUGAUAUUUUUUCUGUUCUUAGAACUUUCCUUAAACUUUUCAGUCCAUAGGAAAACGUACAAAAUGGUUUCUUCACCUCGCAGAAUACUCACUACGUUGGAGGAUAGUUCUCGGUUUUCAUUAAUUGUUAACUUUUCUGAUCCCUGUGGUUGGAUGCAAAAUGCUACCAUAAGAGAUUUGCAGAAAAUUAUGGACAGGGGGUGUAAGCCGGUGAGGGUUUGUUCCAGCAGCCCAUCCGAUCUUGUUGGUUCUCUGGCAACAUACAAAGAAGCGCCUUCAUAUAAAGAAAUGAUCAAAAUCUACCCCCUCGUGAGACCAGGGGGUCUAUACACCCCACCUGACUGUAUAGCCAGGGAGCGAGUAGCCAUCAUCAUUCCGUUCAGAGACCGUGAGGAACACCUCCGGAUUCUUCUCCACAAUCUCCAUCCUAUGUUACAGCGCCAGCAGCUUGACUAUGGCAUCUACGUCGUAGAGCAGGAAAAUGGCACUCAGUUUAACCGGGCGAUGUUGAUGAACAUUGGAUACGCCGAGUCCAUAAAAAUCUACAACUACACGUGCUUCGUUUUCCACGACGUGGACUUGAUUCCGGAGAAUGACCGUAUCAUGUACGACUGCAGGGACAGCCCCCGACACCUGUCGUCAGCCGUCGACAAAUUCAAAUAUAAGUUGCCAUAUCCACAAUUGUUUGGUGGAGUGACAGCCAUUAAGCGGGCGCACUUUGAAAAGGUGAAUGGGCACUCCAACAAGUUCUUUGGCUGGGGAGGUGAAGAUGAUGACAUGUUCAGGAGGUUGGUUAACAAUGGGUUUAAAAUAUCUCGGUAUCAAGCAUCUUUGUCCAGAUACAAGAUGAUCAAACAUCUCCAUGACGCGGGUAACAAGGCAAACAAACGAAGGCAUCAUUUGAUCAAAACUGGUAAGGGAAGAUAUCGGCGUGACGGGAUUAACAACUUGCAUUAUAAAAAGCUGGGAAUAGAAUAUCAAUAUCUGCACACUCGAAUCCUAGUUUCUAUCAACGAAACGAAAGUGAUGACAGUGAGUCUACUUUAUAUGUAUAGCUCUACUACAGUAUAUAUACUAGUUAAUAUAUAUACAAUAUACUGUAGACGUAGAAAUAUUCGUUGAGGAUUUAAUUUUGUUAUUUUGUCGGCAGUAUAUAUCAACGAAAUUAAAUCCGUGACGAAUUUUUAACCCAAGUAUUAUUUUUUUAAAAAUACAGAGUAAUACGUGAUGCAGAGAUUAUGAUAUGACGAAUUCAAAUGCCAACGAAAUUAUUAUGUUAAAAAACAACGAAAUUUUAACCCAACGAAAAUAUAUGUUUCUACAGUAUAAAAAGAAACAAUUCUGUGCAAUCUAUUCUAUUUUAUUAAAAUUUCAUUUGAAUCUCAUUUAACUCUUUUACUUGUUUAAAAUAUAUCUUUUAUUUAUGAAGUCUUGAAUAUUAACAUAUGCAAUUCUCAGAAUAAUGUUGUAAAAUAAAAUUCAUCACAUAUAUUAAUUACCAGUAACCAAAUUAAAAAAAACCCAACCAUUUUCAAUUCAAUGUUUUGCAACACUACAAUUAUAAAUGUCUUUUAAGCCUAUGUUUAUAUGCAUUAUAUUUUAAAUACUUUCAAUUUCAGAGUUGAAAUUGACACGAGUUUUACCAACAUUAGAGACCUGCGUUACACUUUUCUACG